AUAAUAGUUGGGUGACAAAAAUAUGAACUGUGAAUGGUGAAAUUCAGCCUUUUGUAUUUGAACGCAAUAACAAACUUUUUCUUGAUGUACCAUGUCCUUCAAUUAGCUAUUAUCCAUGUUCUCUUCAACCAUAUUACGUGGUCAUUGAAAUGCCAUUGUAAACCACAAUGUCGACCAUACCAAAAAUGCCUGACGCCGACCACCUAAUCCAAAAACCUCCAAAAAAGCCUAGUAAAAAGAAAUCGCCCCCCAAAUCGCGUUCCGAACAGAACAAUAAUGAAAAUCGUCCGCACCGUAGCAGCGCCGAUAACAAAGAAGACAUGCUGGCGACUUAUCAGCCAUGGGUCAUACAAACCUACGGCGAUCUAGCAAAGACGAAGACCAUAACGUUGAAAAAGUACGCGAGAAUUUUGCGCACGUUACGCGGUGAGGAAAUAGUGAGCGCUGAUAACAGUAAGUUUCGCUUUUGGGUGAAGGCCAAAGGGUUUUGUGUGGGACAGCCGGUGGGAUACGAACCUAAACCGGCCGAUGGGAUCGUGGGAAGAUAUAGUGUUUGUGAUAUGGAUGAUGGGAUUCCCGCUGUUAACGAGAAACUGGCUGGGAGUGCCAAGGAUCCAUCGUUGUACGUUCCGAAUGCUCCUUUUAAGAAUUCAACUGGAGAGCCUGUAUACAGAAAAGUAGCUGUAGUCGAGAAUUUUUUUGAUAUCAUUUACAACGUCCACGUAGAUUUGGAGGGAAGACCUGGAAAACAUGCUGGACAAAAGCGGACUUAUCGUACAAUAACGGAGACAUAUGCGUUCCUGCCAAGGGAAGCUGUCACCCGUUUCCUGCUCGGCUGCACCGAGUGCCAGAAACACCCUCGAUCUCCGUCUCCGACGUCUGUGCUACCUACGCCUAGCCCCAGCCCCACCUUGCCCCCGGUGAUCCAGCAGAACCCCCCUGCGACCACGCCAAUGCACACGGCGCCCUCGGGGGAUCGGCACACUCAGCAAGAUGACGGAGGUUACUACGGAGUGAAAAAUGGAGCGAUCAUUGCACCAUGUAACACUCCCCCAAUAGAUCACCACAUCGUCAACCACCAAGAACGCUCUUUAUCGCCGCUUAAAAAAGAAUCCCCUUACGUUCGAAUCACUACACCUGAACCACAACAACAAAAAAGAUCCAAUAAUCCAUUGGAUGUCUGCAAUUUAACCUCUAAAGAUCCACCGAGAAGCCCUCCGAAACGCCUUCAUCAGGAUACGGUUCCGAAACUUUGGUCGCCGGUGGACAGUUUGGACAACGAUGAACCUUACAAGAAGAGGCUGAUUCUUGGAGGAGGUGACAUUGAUUACUCUUUACCUAUCACGACGACUUACCUGAAAUAUAUGAGAAGCUUGGGUUGUAGAGACGAAGACGCCUUCAAAUUCGACAACAAACACGUGAGUUUGGUUCUUGAUCGAUUUUUGCAUGAGACCAUAACUCACUAUUUUCAUUAAUUAAAAUAUUUUCGUUUAUUUGUGCAUGCUGUUAUUAAGUAUAUUUAUUUCUAAUUUUAAAGGAUCUUUUAAAUAUUGAUUCUAGAAAAUCUAUUUUUUAUGUUUAUAAGAACUACCCAAAAAUUUCUGUACCUGUUAAAAAAAAAGAAAAUCGUGUACGAUCGUAUUGAAUCUGUUUAUAAGUUAUGUAAAUUAGUCGUUAAAGUUUUUAGUUAUAAAUUGUAGUUAAGACUAUUUUAAGUUAAAUACAUAAUAGAUAUUAAUUGGGAGACCUAGAAGAAUGCAUACCGUACCUAUACGUACUUACACCAAAGAGUAUUUAUUGAAUAGUUGUAAUUUGAAUAAAGGAGGAUAUUUUCUAAGAUUCUAUUUUUUUGACAGUAUAUUUUUACC